AUGACUAUACUUGACGACAACAAUUUAGCCUACUUGCUCAGCCUAGGGUUUGAGUUGGAUCUAUGCAGACAAGCACUUUCGCAAAACUCCACCAUGGAGAAUGCAACCGAAUGGAUCUUGAACCCAAGCCGUGCACCCGUUUUAAAUUUAACGCAAACCUCUUCAAUACCCAAAAAGGCUGAAACGAAUGAUAUGGAUCUUUCAGUGCCUUAUUCCUCUGGGAGUCAUCUGAAGUUUAAGUCGCAUGAGAAUGACUUAAGAGAUAAGGCUUACGAAGAGAGUAGACGCGCUCAACAGAAAAAAUUUGAGCAAAUUGCGAACGAACUGAGAAAGGACAAAAUUAUGGAACGAGAAGCCAAGAAGAGAGCGCUUCUGGAAAUAAAAAAUGAUCAUGAAAAAAGAAAAUGCAAGGGAGGACCAAGCAAAGCAUCCUCUCUACCUGUAAAUAAAACGUUGACUGAAAGAGAACGCAUGCAGAUAGAAUUAAAAAAAAAGAAGAAGUUAGAACAAGAACAAAAGCAACGUGUUUUGGAAGAUAUCCAAAACGAUAAAAAUGAUAAAAAAGAUAAAAGAUCAAAAUUAUCCUCUACCUCUUUUACCACCACACUGAGCACCCCUCAGAAAGCUAACGCCAUCGAAGCCUUUAUACAGUUUAAAUUAUCAGAUGCCUCCACAAUACGACAAAAAUUUCCCCUUACUGCUAGAGUCAAAGAUUUACUUGAAUUCAUAUUUGAAAAAGAGCUUGUAUUACAUAAUGCUAUUACUAUUAAUAAUAUAUCAUUAGUUUGUGUUUUCCCAAGAAGGGUGUUUACUUUGGAUGAUGGGGCAUUAGACAUGAAAGAAGCCAACUUUUUGCCAAAUGUCUCUUUAAAUGUGUUACUAGCACCAACAUCACCUCCAGAAGUUACACAGGAGGACACUAUAGAUAAUACAGAUGAGCAUAAUAUGGACGGCAUCGCUGAGAGUGACUCGGAUGAUGAAUCAAACUCUAUGAUCGACACUUAUAUACCAGCGUUCAACUCUCUACUUCCUCCUCUAAUUGCUCGCCACAGAAGAUCAUAUGGACCUGAGACUAGUGGUGGUCAUCAACUGACUGAUUUAUCGCCACCAGUUGAAGAGAUAGCUGAGACAACUGAGACUGUACAUGUCGAAGAAAAUGCAGCAGAUUUAGAUAGGAGGGAAAAUAUGGCACUGGCUGCUGAGCAACGAAUAGCUGGAUUACUUACACAGCAUACGAGUAGUGCCAAUCGCUAUUUGAAAAGCCUAUCGUGUAUUUCUGCAGAUAUAGCAGAAUCUUUACUGAAGUAUCUCAUCAAGAAUGGGAAAUUAAAUGUUACUACCUUGCGAAAAUUGGCCGAUCAUUGCUAUCUACAGAAUGUGAUUUUUGACUCGUACUCAUAUUGCACAGAUUCUCUGAUUGAAGAUUUAAGCAAGUCAAAUUCUUCCGCAUCCAUCACAAAACUCAGUCUUCGAGGCUGUGAAUUAAUUACGGAUGGGGCUAUUCGGUCUUUGGAAGGGUUGAAGAAUCUAACCUAUUUGGACUUAAAUAAUUGCAAGGUCACGGAUAAAGGAUUAAAAUCACUUGAGAAGUUACCCUAUCUUUCUUACUUGAACUUAUCAAAAACAAAAAUUACUAAUACGGGCAUUGCAUCCAUGGUAGGAAAUGCCAAAUUCAAACCAGAACUGCAAAUGUUAUUAUUGGACGGAUGUACACGUGUGAAGUCAUGUGGUAUAUUAAUUCCAAUUGUCAAUGAAUUUAUAAACCUUAUUCAACUAUCUUUUGCAUAUACAACGCCCGGUAGCAUACUUGAAGACCAACAACUAACUAAUAAGAACAUCCGUCUCGAACAGCUGGAUAUCAACCACACAUGUUUCAAUGACCAGGACUUGAUUGGGACAAUCAGUCAGUUCAAAAGUCUCGUGGAGUUAAAGCUAGGUGGAUGUGAAGAGUUGACCACGAGGGGUUUAUCCUUUUUACCCAGAGAAUUGAGGAAUCUCAGGCACAUUCAAUUUCCCAAUCGUGAGCAUGAAUUAGAUAGCGUCCUACACAGAUACAAAGAUUUACCCAUUGAGUACUUGGAUUUGAGUGGAUUUUUGAAUAUCACAGACGAGGGAGCAGAGAAUAUUGCAUUUAUGAAACACCUGCGUUAUUUAAAUUUAAACGGAACAAAAGUGACAGAUAAAGGAAUCAGUCAAUUUGAGAACUUGAUUGAAUUGGAUACGCUUUAUUUGGAUCGUACAUUAUUGACAGAUGUCGGGCUUAGAAAAUUACAAGGACUUUCUAAACUGGAAACACUUUCUUUGAGUCGCACUAAAAUUACCAAUGACGGAUUAUGCAUGCUAGGAGAUUUCGAACAAACAAGCUUUGCACGUAAUUUGAGAACUCUAAACCUUGCGCAAUGUACACUUGUUACAGAUAAAGGUGUAAGAGGGAUAGCCGGCAUGCUGAAUCUCACUAAUCUUAAUUUGGAUCAUACAGGUGUGGGCAAGUCCUGUUUGAAGUAUUUAAAAGACUUGAAGAACCUGAACCUUGUAAGGCUACAAGGUAUUGAAAAAGAAGAGGAUGACACGAUGGAUAAUGAAUAA